AUGGGGUACAUUCUCCCGCUUUCCAACACCCCGCCCCAUUCUCCCGCUUUCCAUAUCCCCGACCCAUUCUCCCGCUUUCCAUCUCCCCGCCCCAUUCUCCCACUUUCCAUCACCCCGCCCCGUUCUCCCGCUUUCCAUCACCCAGCCCCAUUCUCCCUCCUUCCAUCACCCCGCCCCAUUCUCCCGCUUUCCAUCACCCCUUCCCAUUUUCCCGCUUUCCAUAACCUCGCCCCAUUCUCCCGCUUUCCAUCACCCCGCCACAUUUUCCCGCUUUCAAUCACCCCGCCCCAUUCUCCCUCCUUCCAUCGCCCCACCCCAUUCUCCCUCUUUCCAUCACCCCGCCCCAUUCUCCCUCCUUCCAUCACCCCGCCCCAUUUUCCCGCUUUCCAUCACCCCGCCCCAUUCUCCCGCUUUCCAUCACCCCGCCCCAUUCUCCUGCUUUCCAUCACCCCGCCCCAUUCUCCCUCCCAUCACCCCGCCCCAUUCUCCUGCCUACCAUCACCCCGCCCCAUUCUCCCGCUUUCCAUCACCCCGCCCCAUUUUCCUGUUUUCCAUCAACCCGCCCCAUUCUCCUACUUUCCAUCACCCUGCCCCAUUCUCCCGCUUUCCAUCACCCCGCCCCAUUCUCCCGCUUUCCAUCACCCCGCCCCAUUCUCCCUCCUUCCAUCACCCCGCCCGAUUCUCCCGCUUUCCAUCACCCCGCCCCAUUCUCCCGCUUUCCAUCACCCCGCCACAUUCUCCCACUUUCCAUCAACCCGCCCCAUUCUCCCUCCUUUCAUACCCCGCCCCAUUCUCCCGCUUUCCAUCACCCCACCACAUUCUCUCGAUUUGCAUCACCCCGCCCCAUUCUCCCGCCUUCCAUCACCCCGCCCCAUUCUCCCUCUUUCCAUCACCCCGCCCCAUUCUCCCGCUUUCCAUCACCCCGCCCCAUUCUCCCUCUUUCUAUCACCCCGCCCCAUUCUCCCGCUUUCCAUCACCCCGCCCGCUUUCCAUCACCCUGCUCCAUUCUCCCGAUUUCCAUCACCCCGCCCAAUUCUCCCUCUUUCCAUCACCCCUUCCCAUUCUCCCUCUUUCCAUCAAACCGCCCCAUUCUCCCGCUUUCCAUCACCCCGGCCCAUUCUCCCUCUUUCCAUCACCCCGCCCCAUUCUCUCGCUUUCCAUCACCCCGCCCCAUUCUCCCUCUUUCCAUCACCCCGCCCCAUUCUCCCGCUUUCCAUCACCCGCCCCAUUCUCCCGCUUUCCAUCACCCCGCCCCAUUCUCCCUCUUUCCAUCACCCCGCCCCAUUCUCCCGCUUUCCAUCACCCCACCCCAUUCUCCCGAUUUGCAUCACCCCGCCCCAUUCUCCCGCCUUCCAUCACCCCGCCCCAUUCUCCCUCUUUCCAUCACCCCGCCCCAUUCUCCCGCUUUCCAUCACCCCGCCCCAUUCUCCCUCUUUCCAUCACCCCGCCCCAUUCUCCCGCUAUCCAUCACACCACCCCAUUCUCCCGCUUUCCAUCACCUCGCCCUAUUUUCUCUCUUUUCAUCACCCCGCCCUAUUCUCCCGCUUUCCAUCACCCCGCCUCAUUCUCCCGCUUUCCAUCACCCCGCUCCAUUCUCCCGCUUUCCAUCAACCCGCCAAAUUCUCCCUCUUUCCAUCACCCCUCCCCAUUCUCCCUCUUUCCAUCACCCCGCCCCAUUCUCCCGCUUUCCAUCACCCCGCGCCAUUCUCCCGCUUUCCAUCACCCCGCCCCAUUCUCCCGCUUUCCAUCACCCCGCCCCAUUCUCCCUCUUUCCAUCACCUCGCCCCAUUCUCCUGCUUUCCAUCACCCCUCCCCAUUCUCCCGCUCUCCAUCACCCCGCCCCAUUCUCCCGCUUUCCAUCACCCCACCCCAUUCUCCCGCUUUCCAUCACCCUGCCUAUUCUCCCUCUUUCCAUCACCCCGCCCCAUUCUCCCUCUUUCCAUCACUCCGCCCCAUUCUCCCUCUAUCCAUCACCCCGCCCAAUUCUCCCGCUUUCCAUCACCUCGUCCCAUUCUCCCGCUUUCCAUCACCCGCCCCAUUCUCCCGCUUUCCAUCACCCCGCCCCAUUCUCCCGCUUUCCACCACCCCGCGCCAUGCUCCCACUUUCCAUCACCCCGCCCCGUUCUCCCUCUUUCCAUCACCCCGCCCCAUUCUCCCGCUUUCCAUCACCCCGCCCCAUUCUCCCUCUUUCCAUCACCCCGCCCCAUUCUCCCGCUUUCCAUCACUCCGCCCCAUUCUCCCGCUUUCCACCACCCCGCCCCAUUCUCCCGCUUUCCACCAGCCUGCCCCAUUCUCCCGCUUUCCAUCACCCCGCCCCAUUCUCCCGCUUUCCAUCACUUUGCCCAAUUCUCUCGAUUUCCAUCACCCAGCCCCAUUCUCCCGCUUUCUAUCACCCGGCCCCAUUCUCCCGCUUUCCAUCACCCCGCCCCAUUCUCCCUCUUUCCAUCACCACGCCCCAUUCUCCCGCUUUCCAUCACUCCGCCCCAUUCUCCCGCUUUCCACCAGCCUGCCCCAUUCUCCCGCUUUCCAUCACCCCGCCCCAUUCUCCCGCUUUCCAUCACUUUGCCCAAUUCUCUCGAUUUCCAUCACCCAGCCCCAUUCUCCCGCUUUCUAUCACCCGGCCCCAUUCUCCCGCUUUCCAUCACCCCGCCCCAUUCUCCCGCUUUCCAUCACCCCACCCCAUUCUCUCGAUUUGCAUCACCCCGCCCCAUUCUCCCGCCUUCCAUCACCCCGCCCCAUUCUCCCUCUUUCCAUCACCCCGCCCCAUUCUCCCGCUUUCCAUCACCCCGCCCCAUUCUCCCUCUUUCUAUUACCCCGCCCCAUUCUCCCGCUUUCCAUCACCCCGCCCGCUUUCCAUCACCCCGCUCCAUUCUCCCGAUUUCCAUCACCCCGCCCAAUUCUCCCUCUUUCCAUCACCCCUCCCCUUUCUCCCUCUUUCCAUCAAACCGCCCCAUUCUCCCGCUUUCCAUCACCCCGGCCCAUUCUCCCUCUUUCCAUCACCCCGCCCCCUUCUCUCGCUUUCCAUCACCCCGCCCCAUUCUCCCUCUUUCCAUCACCCCGCCCCAUUCUCCCGCUUUCCAUCACCCGCCCCAUUCUCCCGCUUUCCAUCACCCCGCCCCAUUCUUCCUCUUUCCAUCACCCCGCCCCAUUCUCCCGCUUUCCAUCACCCCACCCCAUUCUCCCGAUUUGCAUCACCCCGCCCCAUUCUCCCGCUUUCCAUCACCCCGCCCCAUUCUCCCUCUUUCCAUCACCCCGCCCCAUUCUCCCGCUUUCCAUCACCCCGCCCCAUUCUCCCUCUUUCCAUCACCCCGCCCCAUUCUCCCACUUUCCAUCACACCACCCCAUUCUCCCGCUUUCCAUCACAUCGCCCUAUUUUCUCUCUUUUCAUCACCCCGCCCCAUUCUCCCGCUUUCCAUCACCCCGCCCCAUUCUCCCGCUUUCCAUCACCCCGCUACAUUCUCCCGCUUUCCAUCAACCCGCCCAAUUCUCCCUCUUUCCAUCACCCCUCCCCAUUCUCCCUCUUUCCAUCACCCCGCCCCAUUCUCCCGCUUUCCAUCACCCCGCGCCAUUCUCCCGCUUUCCAUCACCCCGCCCCAUUCUCCCGCUUUCCAUCACCCCGCCCAAUUCUCCCUCUUUUCAUCACCCCGCCCCAUUCUCCCGCUUUCCAUCACCCCGCCCCAUUCUCCCGCUUUCCAUCACCCCGCUACAUUCUCCCGCUUUCCAUCAACCCGCCCAAUUCUCCCUCUUUCCAUCACCCCUCCCCAUUCUCCCUCUUUCCAUCACCCCGCCCCAUUCUCCCGCUGUCCAUCACCCCGCCCCAUUCUCCCGCUUUCCAUCACCCCGCCCCAUUCUCCCGCUUUCCAUCACCCUGCCCAUUCUCCCUCUUUCCAUCACCCCGCCCCAUUCUCCCUCUUUCCAUCACUCCGCCCCAUUCUCCCUCUAUCCAUCACCCCGCCCAAUUCUCCCGCUUUCCAUCACCUCGUCCCAUUCUCCCGCUUUCCAUCACCCGCCCCAUUCUCCCGCUUUCCAUCACCCCGCCCCAUUCUCCCGCUUUCCACCACCCCGCGCCAUGCUCCCGCUUUCCAUCACCCCGCCCCAUUCUCCCUCUUUCCAUCACCCCGCCCCAUUCUGCCGCUUUCCAUCACCCCGCCCCAUUCUCCCUCUUUCCAUCACCCCGCCCCAUUCUCCCUCUUUCCAUCACUCCGCCCCAUUCUUCCGCUUUCCACCACCCCGCCCCAUUCUCCCGCUUUCCACCAGCCCGCCCCAUUCUCCCGCUUUCCAUCACCCCGCCCCAUUCUCCCGCUUUCCAUCACUUUGCCCAAUUCUCUCGAUUUCCAUCACCCAGCCCCAUUCUCCCGCUUUCUAUCACCCGGCCCCAUUCUCCCGCUUUCCAUCACCCCGCCCCAUUCUCCCGCUUUCCAUCACCCCGCCCCAUUCUCCCUCUUUCCAUUACCCGCCCCAUUCUCCUGCUUUCCAUCAUCCCGCCCCAUUCUCCCGCUUUCCACCACCCCGCCCCAGUCUUCCGAUUUCCAUCACCCCGCCCCUCUCCCGCUUUCCAUCACUCCGCCCCAUUCUCCCGGUUUCCAUCACCCCGCUCCAUUCUCCCGCUUUCCAUCACCCCGCCCAAUUAUCCCUCUUUCCAUCACCCCGCCCCAUUCUCCCUCUUUCCAUCACCCCGCCCCAUUCUCUCGCUUUCCAUCACCCCGCCCCAUUCUCCCGCUUUCCAUCACCCCGCCCCAUUUUCCCGAUUUCCAUCACCCCGCCCCAUUCUCCCGCUUUCCAUCACCCUGCCCCAUUCUCCCUCUUUCCAUCACCCCGCCCCAUUCUCCCGCUUUCCAUCACCCCGCCCCAUUCUCCCGCUUUCCAUCACCCCGCCCCAUUCUCCCGCUUUCCAUCACCCCGCCCCAUUCUCCCUCUUUCCAUCACCCCGUCCCAUUCUCCCGCUUUCCAUCACCCCGCCCCAUUCUCCCGCUUUCCAUCACCCCGCCCCAUUCUCCUUCUUUCCAUCACCCCGCCCCAUUCUCCCUCUUUCCAUCACCCCGCCCCAUUCUCCCGCUUUCCAUCACCCCGCGCCAUUUUCCCUUGUUCCAUCACCCCGCUCCAUUCUCCCGCUUUCCAUCACCCCGCGCGAUUCUCCCUCUUUCCAUCACCCCUCCCCAUUCUCCCUGUUUCCAUCACCCCGCCCCAUUCUCCCGCUUUCCAUCACCCCGCCCCAUUCUCCCUCUUUCCACCACCCCGCCCCAUUCUCACUCUUUCCAUCACCCCGCCACAUUCUCCCGCUUUCCAUCACCCCGCCCCAUUCUCCCUCUUUCCAUCACCCCGCCCCAUUCUCCCGCUUUCCAUCACCCCGCCCCAUUCUCCCUCUUUCCAUCACCCCGCUCCAUUCUCCCGCUUUCCAUCACCCCGCCCAAUUCUCCCUCUUUCCAUCACCCCUCCUCAUUCUCCCUCUUUCCAUCACCCCGCCCCAUUCUCCCGCUUUCCACCACCCCGCUCCAUUCUCCCGCUUUCCAUCACCCUGCCCAAUUCUCCCGCUUUCCAUCACCACGCCCCAUUUUCCCUCUUUCCAUCACCCCGCCCCAUUCUCCCGCUUUCCAUCACCCCGCCCCAUUCUCCCGCUUUCCAUCACCCCGCUCCAUUCUCCCGCUUUCCAUCACCCCGCCCAAUUCUCCCUCUUUCUAUCACCCCUCUCCAUUCUCCCUCUUUCCAUCACCCCGCCCCAUUCUCCCGCUUUCCAUCACCCCGCCCCAUUCUCCCUCUUUCCAUCACCCCGCCCCAUUUUCCCGCUUUCCAUCACCCCGCCCCAUUCUCCCUCUUUCUAUCACCCCGCCCCAUUCUCCCACUUUCCAUCACCCCGCCCCGUUCUCCCGCUUUCCAUCACCCCGCUCCAUUCUCCCGCUUUCCAUCACCCCGCCCAAUUCUCCCUCUUUCCAUCACCCCUCCCCAUUCUCCCUCUUUCCAUCACCCCGCCCCAUUCUCCCGCUUUCCAUCACCCCGCCCCAUUCUCCCUCUUUCUAUUACCCCGCCCCAUUCUACCGCUUUCCAUCACCCCGCCCGCUUUCCAUCACCCCGCUCCAUUCUCCCGAUUUCCAUCACCCCGCCCAAUUCUCCCUCUUUCCAUCACCCCUCCCCAUUCUCCCUCUUUCGAUCAAACCGCCCCAUUCUCCCGCUUUCCAUCACCCCGGCCCAUUCUCCCUCUUUCCAUCACCCCGCCCCCUUCUCUCGCUUUCCAUCACCCCGCCCCAUUCUCCCUCUUUCCAUCACCCCGCCCCAUUCUCCCGCUUUCCAUCACCCGCCCCAUUCUCCCGCUUUCCAUCACCCCGCCCCAUUCUUCCUCUUUCCAUCACCCCGCCCCAUUCUCCCGCUUUCCGUCACCCCACCCCAUUCUCCCGAUUUGCAUCACCCCGCCCCAUUCUCCCGCUUUCCAUCACCCCGCCCCAUUCUCCCUCUUUCCAUCACCCCGCCCCAUUCUCCCGCUUUCCAUCACCCCGCCCCAUUCUCCCGCUUUCCAUCACCUCGCCCCAUUCUCCCGCUUUCCAUCACCCCGCUACAUUCUCCCGCUUUCCAUCAACCCGCCCAAUUCUCCCUCUUUCCAUCACCCCUCCACAUUCUCCCUCUUUCCAUCACCCCGCCCCAUUCUCCCGCUUUCCAUCACCCCGCGCCAUUCUCCCGCUUUCCAUCACCCCGCCCCAUUCUCCCGCUUUCCAUCACCCCGCCCCAUUCUCCCUCUUUCCAUCACCUCGCCCCAUUCUCCUGCUAUCCAUCACUCCUCCCCAUUCUCCCGCUGUCCAUCACCCCGCCCCAUUCUCCCGCUUUCCAUCACCCCGCCCCAUUCUCCCGCUUUCCAUCACCCUGCCCAUUCUCCCUCUUUCCAUCACCCCGCCCCAUUCUCCCUCUUUCCAUCACUCCGCCCCAUUCUCCCUCUAUCCAUCACCCCGCCCAAUUCUCCCGCUUUCCAUCACCUCGUCCCAUUCUCCCGCUUUCCAUCACCCGCUCCAUUCUCCCGCUUUCCAUCACCCCGCCCCAUUCUCCCGCUUUCCACCACCCCGCGCCAUGCUCCCGCUUUCCAUCACCCCGCCCCAUUCUCCCUCUUUUCAUCACCCCGCCCCAUUCUGCCGCUUUCCAUCACCCCGCCCCAUUCUCCCGCUUUCCAUCACUCCGCCCCAUUCUUCCGCUUUCCACCACCCCGCCCCAUUCUCCCGCUUUCCACCAGCCCGCCCCAUUCUCCUGCUUUCCAUCACCCCGCCCCAUUCUCCCGCUUUCCAUCACUUUGCCCAAUUCUCUCGAUUUCCAUCACCCAGCCCCAUUCUCCCGCUUUCUAUCACCCGGCCCCAUUCUCCCGCUUUCCAUCACCCCGCCCCAUUCUCCCGCUUUCCAUCACCCCGCCCCAUUCUCCCUCUUUCCAUUACCCGCCCCAUUCUCCCGCUUUCCAUCAUCCCGCCCCAUUCUCCCGCUUUCCACCACCCCGCCCCAGUCUCCCGAUUUCCAUCACCCCGCCCCUCUCCCGCUUUCCAUCACUCCGCCCCAUUCUCCCGGUUUCCAUCACCCCGCUCCAUUCUCCCGCUUUCCAUCACCCCGCCCAAUUAUCCCUCUUUCCAUCACCCCGCCCCAUUCUCCCUCUUUCCAUCACCCCGCCCCAUUCUCUCGCUUUCCAUCACCCCGCCCCAUUCUCCCGCUUUCCAUCACCCCGCCCCAUUUUCCCGAUUUCCAUCACCCCGCCCCAUUCUCCCGCUUUCCAUCACCCCGCCCCAUUCUCCCUCUUUCCAUCACCCCGCCCCAUUCUCCCGCUUUCCAUCACCCCGCCCCAUUCUCCCGCUUUCCAUCACCCCGCCCCAUUCUCCCGCUUUCCAUCACCCCGCCCCAUUCUCCCUCUUUCCAUCACCCCGUCCCAUUCUCCCGCUUUCCAUCACCCCGCCCCAUUCUCCCGCUUUCCAUCACCCCGCCCCAUUCUCCUUCUUUCCAUCACCCCGCCCCAUUCUCCCUCUUUCCAUCACCCCGCCCCAUUCUCCCGCAUUCCAUCACCCCGCGCCAUUUUCCCUCGUUCCAUCACCCCGCUCCAUUCUCCCGCUUUCCAUCACCCCGCGCGAUUCUCCCUCUUUCCAUCACCCCUCCCCAUUCUCCCUGUUUCCAUCACCCCGCCCCAUUCUCCCGCUUUCCAUCACCCCGCCCCAUUCUCCCUCUUUCCACCACCCCGCCCCAUUCUCCCUCUUUCCAUCACCCCGCCACAUUCUCCCGCUUUCCAUCACCCCGCCCCAUUCUCCCUCUUUCCAUCACCCCGCCCCAUUCUCCCGCUUUCCAUCACCCCGCCCCAUUCUCCCUCUUUCCAUCACCCCGCUCCAUUCUCCCGCUUUCCAUCACCCCGCCCAAUUCUCCCUCUUUCCAUCACCCCUCCUCAUUCUCCCUCUUUCCAUCACCCCGCCCCAUUCUCCCGCUUUCCACCACCCCGCUCCAUUCUCCCGCUUUCCAUCACCCUGCCCAAUUCUCCCGCUUUCCAUCACCACGCCCCAUUUUCCCUCUUUCCAUCACCCCGCCCCAUUCUCCCGCUUUCCAUCACCCCGCCCCAUUCUCCCGCUUUCCAUCACCCCGCUCCAUUCUCCCGCUUUCCAUCACCCCGCCCAAUUCUCCCUCUUUCUAUCACCCCUCUCCAUUCUCCCUCUUUCCAUCACCCCGCCCCAAUCUCCCGCUUUCCAUCACCCCGCCCCAUUUUCCCGCUUUCCAUCACCCUGCCCCAUUCUCCCUCUUUCUAUCACCCCGCCCCAUUCUCCCACUUUCCAUCACCCCGCCCCGUUCUCCCGCUUUCCAUCACCCCGCUCCAUUCUCCCGCUUUCCAUCACCCCGCCCAAUUCUCCCUCUUUCCAUCACCCCUCCCCAUUCUCCCUCUUUCCAUCAACCCGCCCCAUUCUCCCGCUUUCCAUCACCUGCCCCAUUCUCCCUCUUUCCAUCACCCUGCCCCAUUCUCUCGCUUUCCAUCACCCCGCCCCAUUCUCCCUCUUUCCAUCACCCCGCCCCAUUCUCCCGCUUUCCAUCACCCGCCCCAUUCUCCCGCUUUCCAUCAUCCCGCCCCAUUCUCCCUCUAUCCAUCACCCCGCCCCAUUCUCCCUCUUUCCAUCACCCCGCCACAUUCUCCCGCUUUCCAUCACCCCGCCCCAUUCUCCCUCUUUCCAUCACCCCGCCCCAUUCUCCCGCUUUCCAUCACCCCGCCCCAUUCUCCCUCUUUCCAUCACCCCGCUCCAUUCUCCCGCUUUCCAUCACCCCGCCCAAUUCUCCCUCUUUCCAUCACCCCUCCUCAUUCUCCCUCUUUCCAUCACCCCGCCCCAUUCUCCCGCUUUCCACCACCCCGCUCCAUUCUCCCGCUUUCCAUCACCCUGCCCAAUUCUCCCGCUUUCCAUCACCACGCCCCAUUUUCCCUCUUUCCAUCACCCCGCCCCAUUCUCCCGCUUUCCAUCACCCCGCCCCAUUCUCCCGCUUUCCAUCACCCCGCUCCAUUCUCCCGCUUUCCAUCACCCCGCCCAAUUCUCCCUCUUUCUAUCACCCCUCUCCAUUCUCCCUCUUUCCAUCACCCCGCCCCAUUCUCCCGCUUUCCAUCACCCCGCCCCAUUCUCCCUCUUUCCAUCACCCCGCCCCAUUUUCCCGCUUUCCAUCACCCUGCCCCAUUCUCCCUCUUUCUAUCACCCCGCCCCAUUCUCCCACUUUCCAUCACCCCGCCCCGUUCUCCCGCUUUCCAUCACCCCGCUCCAUUCUCCCGCUUUCCAUCACCUCGCCCAAUUCUCCCUCUUUCCAUCACCCCUCCCCAUUCUCCCUCUUUCCAUCAACCCGCCCCAUUCUCCCGCUUUCCAUCACCUGCCCCAUUCUCCCUCUUUCCAUCACCCUGCCCCAUUCUCUCGCUUUCCAUCACCCCGCCCCAUUCUCCCUCUUUCCAUCACCCCGCCCCAUUCUCCCGCUUUCCAUCACCCGCCCCAUUCUCCCGCUUUCCAUCAUCCCGCCCCAUUCUCCCUCUAUCCAUCACCCCGCCCCAUUCUCCCGCCUUCCAUCACCCCGCCCCAUUCUCCCGCUUUCCAUCACCCCGCCCCAUUCUCCCGCUUUCCAUCACCCCACCCCAUUCUCUCGAUUUGCAUCACCCUGCCCCAUUCUCCCGCCUUCCAUCACCCCGCCCCAUUCUCUCUCUUUCCAUCACCCCGCCCCAUUCUCCCGCUUUCCAUCACCCCGCCCCAUUCUCCCUCUUUCUAUCACCCCGCCCCAUUCUCCCGCUUUCCAUCACCCCGCCCGCUUUCCAUCACCCCGCUCCAUUCUCCCGCUUUCCAUCACCCCGCCCAAUUCUCCCUCUUUCCAUCACCCCUCCCCAUUCUCCCUCUUUCCAUCAAACCGCCCCAUUCUCCCGCUUUCCAUCACCCCGGCCCAUUCUCCCUCUUUCCAUCACCCCACCCCAUUCUCUCGCUUUCCAUCACCCCGCCCCAUUCUCCCUCUUUCCAUCACCCCGCCCCAUUCUCCCGCUUUCCAUCACCCGCCCCAUUCUCCCGCUUUCCAUCACCCCGCCCCAUUCUCCCUCUUUCCAUCACCAUGCCCCAUUCUCCCGCCUUCCAUCACCCCUCCCCAUUCUCCCGCUUUCCAUCACCCCGCCCCAUUCUCCCGCUUUCCAUCACCCCACCCCAUUCUCCCGAUUUGCAUCACCCCGCCCCAUUCUCCCGCCUUCCAUCACCCCGCCCCAUUCUCCCUCUUUCCAUCACCCCGCCCCAUUCUCCCGCUUUCCACCACCCCGCCCCAUUCUCCCUCUUUCCAUCACCCCGCCCCAUUCUCCCGCUUUCCAUCACACCACCUCAUUCUCCCGCUUUCCAUCACCUCGCCCUAUUUUCUCUCUUUCCAUCACACCACCUCAUUCUCCCUCUUUCCAUCACCCCUCCCCAUUCUCCCUCUUUCCAUCAAACCGCCCCAUUCUCCCGCUUUCCAUCACCCCGGCCCAUUCUCCCUCUUUCCAUCACUCCGCCCCAUUCUCUCGCUUUCCAUCACCCCUCCCCAUUCUCCCUCUUUCCAUCACCCCGCCCCAUUCUCCCGCUUUCCAUCACCCGCCCCAUUCUCCCGCUUUCCAUCACCCCGCCCCAUUCUCCCUCUUUCCAUCACCCCGCCCCACUCUCCCGCCUUCCAUCACCCCGCCCCAUUCUCCCUCCUUCCAUCACCCCGCCUCAUUCUCCCUCCUUCCAUCACCCCGCCCCAUUCUCCCGCUUUCCAUCACCCCGCCCCAUUCUCCCGCUUUCCAUCACCCAGCCCCAUUCUCCCGCUUUCCAUCACCCCGCCCCAUUCUCCCGCUUUCCAUCACCCCCCCCAUUCUCCCGCUUUCCAUCACCCCGCCCCAUUCUCCCGCUUUCCAUCACCCUGCCCCAAUCUCCCGCUUUCCAUCACCCCGCCCCAUUCUCCCGCUUUCCAUCACCCUGCCCCAUUCUCCCGCUUUCCAUCACCCCACUCCAUUCUCCCGCUUUACAUCACCCAGCCCCAUUCUCCCGCUUUCCAUCACCCCGCCCCAUUCUCCCGCUUUCCAUCACCCCACCCCAUUCUCUCUCCUUCCAUCACCCCGUCCCAUUCUCCCUCCUUCCAUCACCCCGCCCCAUUCUCCCGCUUUCCAUCACCCCGCCCCAUUCUCCCUCCUUCCAUCACCCCGCCCCAUUCUCCCUCCUUCCAUCACCCCGCCCCAUUCUCGCGCUUUCCAUCACCUCGCCCCAUUCUCCCGCUUUCCAUCACCCCGCCACAUUCUCCCGUUUUCUAUCACCCCGCCCCAUUCUCCCUUCUUCCAUCACCCCGCCUCAUUCUCCCGCUUUCCAUCACCCCGCCCCAUUCUCCCGAUUUCCAUCACCCCGCCCUAUUCUCCCGCUUUCCAUCACCCCGCCCCAUUCUCCCGCUUUCCAUCAUCCCACCCCAUUCUCCCUCCUUCCAUCACCCCGCCCCAUUCUUCCGCUUCCCAUCAUCCCGCCCUAUUCCCCCGCUUUCCAUCACCCCUCCCCAUUCUCCCUCCUUCCAUCACCCCGCCCCAUUCUCUCGCUUUCCAUCACCCCGCCCCAUUCUCCCGCUUUCCAUCACCCCGUCCCAUUCUCCCGCUUUCCAUCACUCCGCCCCAUUAUCCCUUCUUCCAUCACCCCGCCCCAUUCUCCCUCCUUCCAUCACCCCGCCCCAUUCUCCUGCUUUCCAUCACCCCGCCUCAUUCUCCCGCUUCCCAUAACCCCACCCCAUUCUCCCGCUUUCCAUCACCCCGCCACAUUCUCCCACUUUCCAUCACCCCGCCCCAUUCUCCCGCUUUCCAUCACCCCGCCCGAUUCUCCCUCUUUCCAUCACCCCGCCCCAUUCUCCCUCUUUCCAUCACCCCGCCCCAUUUUCCCGCUUUCCAUCACCCCGCCCCAUUCUCCCUCUUUCUAUCACCCCGCCCCAUUCUCCCACUUUCCAUCACCCCGCCCCAUUCUCCCGCUUUCCAUCACCCCGCUCCAUUCUCCCGCUUUCCAUCACCCCGCCCAAUUCUCCCUCUUUCCAUCACCCCUCCCCAUUCUCCCUCUUUCCAUCAACCCGCCCCAUUCUCCCGCUUUCCAUCACCCCGCCCCAUUCUCCCUCUUUCCAUCACCCCGCCCCAUUCUCUCGCUUUCCAUCACCCCGCCCCAUUCUCCCUCUUUCCAUCACCCCGCCCCAUUCUCCCGCUUUCCAUCACCCGCCCCAUUCUCCCGCUUUCCAUCAUCCCGCCCCAUUCUCCCUCUAUCCAUCACCCCGCCCCAUUCUCCCGCCUUCCAUCACCCCGCCCCAUUCUCCCGCUUUCCAUCACCCCGCCCCAUUCUCCCGCUUUCCAUCACCCCACCCCAUUCUCUCGAUUUGCAUCACCCCGCCCCAUUCUCCCGCCUUCCAUCACCCCGCCCCAUUCUCCCUCUUUCCAUCACCCCGCCUCAUUCUCCUGCUUUCCAUCACCCCGCCCCAUUCUCCCUCUUUCUAUCACCCCGCCCCAUUCUCCCGCUUUCCAUCACCCCGCCCGCUUUCCAUCACCCCGCUCCAUUCUCCCGCUUUCCAUCACCCCGCCCAAUUCUCCCUCUUUCCAUCACCCCUCCCCAUUCUCCCUCUUUCCAUCAAACCGCCCCAUUCUCCCGCUUUCCAUCACCCCGCCCCAUUCUCCCUCUUUCCAUCACCCCGCCCCAUUCUCUCGCUUUCCAUCACCCCGCCCCAUUCUCCCUCUUUCCAUCACCCCGCCCCAUUCUCCCGCUUUCCAUCACCCGCCCCAUUCUCCCGCUUUCCAUCAUCCCGCCCCAUUCUCCCUCUAUCCAUCACCCCGCCCCAUUCUCCCUCUUUCCAUUCUCCCGCCCCAUUCUCCCGCUUUCCAUCACCCGCCCCAUUCUCCCGCUUUCCAUCAUCCCGCCCCAUUCUCCCUCUUUCCAUCAUCCCGCCCCAUUCUCCCUCUAUCCAUCACCUCGCCCCAUUCUCCCGCUUUCCAUCACCCUGCCCCAUUCUCCCGCUUUCCAUCACCCCACCCCAUUCUCUCGAUUUGCAUCACCCCGCCCCAUUCUCCCGCCUUCCAUCACCCCGCCCCAUUCUCCCUCUUUCCAUCACCCCGCCUCAUUCUCCCGCUUUCCAUCACCCCGCCCCAUUCUCCCGCUUUCCAUCACCCCGCCCGCUUUCCAUCACCCCGCUCCAUUCUCCCGCUUUCCAUCACCCCGCCCAAUUCUCCCUCUUUCCAUCACCCCUCCCCAUUCUCCCUCUUUCCAUCAAACCGCCCCAUUCUCCCGCUUUCCAUCACCCCGGCCCAUUCUCCCUCUUUCCAUCACCCCACCCCAUUCUCUCGCUUUCCAUCACCCCGCCCCAUUCUCCCUCUUUCCAUCACCCCGCCCCAUUCUCCCGCUUUCCAUCACCCGCCCCAUUCUCCCGCUUUCCAUCACCCCGCCCCAUUCUCCCGCUUUCCAUCACCCCACCCCAUUCUCUCGAUUUGCAUCACCCCGCCUCAUUCUCCCUCUUUCCAUCACCCCGCCUCAUUCUCCCGCUUUCCAUCACCCUGCCCCAUUCUCCCGCUUUCCAUCACCCCACCCCAUUCUCUCGAUUUGCACCACCCCGCCCCAUUCUCCCGCCUUCCAUCACCCCGCCCCAUUCUCCCUCUUUCCAUCACCCCGCCUCAUUCUCCCGCUUUCCAUCACCCCGCCCCAUUCUCCCGCUUUCCAUCACCCCGCCCGCUUUCCAUCACCCCGCUACAUUCUCCCGCUUUCCAUCACCCCGCCCAAUUCUCCCUCUUUCCAUCACCCCUCCCCAUUCUCCCUCUUUCCAUCAAACCGCCCCAUUCUCCCGCUUUCCAUCACCCCGGCCCAUUCUCCCUCUUUCCAUCACCCCACCCCAUUCUCUCGCUUUCCAUCACCCCGCCCCAUUCUCCCUCUUUCCAUCACCCCGCCCCAUUCUCCCGCUUUCCAUCACCCGCCCCAUUCUCCCGCUUUCCAUCACCCCGCCCCAUUCUCCCGCUUUCCAUCACCCCACCCCAUUCUCUCGAUUUGCAUCACCCCGCCCCAUUCUCCCGCCUUCCAUCACCCCGCCUCAUUCUCCCUCUUUCCAUCACCCCGCCUCAUUCUCCCGCUUUCCAUCACCCCGCCCCAUUCUCCCGCUUUCCAUCACCCCGCCCGCUUUCCAUCACCCCGCUCCAUUCUCCCGCUUUCCAUCACCCCGCCCAAUUCUCCCUCUUUCCAUCACCCCUCCUCAUUCUCCCACUUUCCAUCAAACCGCCCCAUUCUCCCGCUUUCCAUCACCCCGGCCCAUUCUCCCUCUUUCCAUCACCCCACCCCAUUCUCUCGCUUUCCAUCACCCCGUCCCAUUCUCCCUCUUUCCAUCACCCCGCCCCAUUCUCCCGCUUUCCAUCACCCGCCCCAUUCUCCCGCUUUCCAUCACCCCGCCCCAUUCUCCCUCUUUCCAUCACCCCGCCCCAUUCUCCCGCCUUCCAUCACCCCGCCCCAUUCUCCCGCUUUCCAUUACCCCGCCCCAUUCUCCCGCUUUCCAUCACCCCACCCCAUUCUCCCGAUUUGCAUCACCCCGCCCCAUUCUCCCGCCUUCCAUCACCCCGCCCCAUUCUCCCUCUUUCCAUCACCCCGCCCCAUUCUCCCGCUUUCCACCACCCCGCCCCAUUCUCCCUCUUUCCAUCACCCCGCCCCAUUCUCCCGCUUUCCAUCACACCACCUCAUUCUCCCGCUUUCCAUCACCUCGCCCUAUUUUCUCUCUUUCCAUCACACCACCUCAUUCUCCCUCUUUCCAUCACCCCUCCCCAUUCUCCCUCUUUCCAUCAAACCGCCCCAUUCUCCUGCUUUCCAUCACCCCGGCCCAUUCUCCCUCUUUCCAUCACUCCGCACCAUUCUCUCGCUUUCCAUCACCCCUCCCCAUUCUCCCUCUUUCCAUCACCCCGCCCCAUUCUCCCGCUUUCCAUCACCCGCCCCAUUCUCCCGCUUUCCAUCACCCCGCCCCAUUCUCCCUCUUUCCAUCACCCCGCCCCAUUCUCCCGCCUUCCAUCACCCCGCCCCAUUCUCCCUCCUUCCAUCACCUCGCCUCAUUCUCCCUCCUUCCAUCACCCCGCCCCAUUCUCCCGCUUUCCAUCACCCCGCCCCAUUCUCCCGCUUUCCAUCACCCAGCCCCAUUCUCCCGCUUUCCAUCACCCCGCCCCAUUCUCCCGCUUUCCAUCACCCUGCCCCAAUCUCCCGCUUUCCAUCACCCCGCCCCAUUCUCCCGCUUUCCAUCACCCUGCCCCAUUCUCCCGCUUUCCAUCACCCCACUCCAUUCUCCCGCUUUCCAUCACCCAGCCCCAUUCUACCGCUUUCCUUCACCCCGCCCCAUUCUCCCGCUUUCCAUCACCCCACCCCAUUCUCCCUCCUUCCAUCACCCCGUCCCAUUCUCCCUCCUUCCAUCACCCCGCCCCAUUCUCCCACUUUCCAUCACCCCGCCCCAUUCUCCCUCCUUCCAUCACCCCGCCCCUUUCUCCCGCUUUCCAUCUCCCUGCCCCAUUCUCCCGCUUUCCAUCACCCCACCCCAUUCUUCCGCUUUCCAUCAGCCCGCCCCAUUCUCCCGCUUUCCAUCACCCCGCCCCUUUCUCCCGCUUUCCAUCUCCCUGCCCCAUUCUCCCGCUUUCCAUCACCCCACCCCAUUCUCCCGCUUUCCAUCACCCCGCCCCAUUCUCCCGCUUCCCAUCAUCCCGCCCCAUUCUCCCGCUUUCCAUCACCCCGCCCCAUUCUCCCUCCUUCCAUUUCCCCGCCUCAUUCUCCCGCUUUCCAUCACCCCGCCCCAUUCUCCCGCUUUCCAUCACCCCGCCCCCUUCUCCCUCCUUCCAUCACCCCGCCCCAUUCUCCCUCCUUCCAUCACCCCGCCCCAUUCUCCCGCUUUCCAUCAGCCCGCCCCAUUCUCCCGCUUUCCAUCACCCCGCCCCAUUCUCCCGCUUUCCAUAACCCCACCCCAUUCUCCCGCUUUCCAUCACCCCGCCACAUUUUCCCGCUUUCUAUCACCCCGCCCCAUUCUCCCUCCUUCCAUCACCCCGCCCCAUUCUCCCGCUUUCCAUCACCCCGCCCCAUUCUCCCGAUUUCCGUCACCCCGCCCCAUUCUCCCGCUUUCCAUCACCCCGCCCCAUUCUCCCGCUUUCCAUCACCCCGCCCCAUUCUCCCGCUUUCCAUCAUCCCGCCCCAUUCUCCCUCCUUCCAUCACCCCGCCCCAUUCUCUCUCCUUCCAUCACCCCGCCCCAUUCUCCCUCUUUCCAUCACCCCGCCCCAUUCUCUUGCUUCCCAUAACCCCACCCCAUUCACUCGCUUUCCAUCACCCCGCCACAUUCUCCCACUUUCCAUCACCCCGCCCCCUUCUCUCUCCUUCCAUCACCCCGCCCCAUUCUCCCUCCUUCCAUCACCCCGCCCCAUUCUCCCGCUCUUCAUCAGCCCGCCCCAUUCUCCCGCUUUCCAUCACCCCUCCCCUUUCUCCCGCUUUCCAUCUCCCCACCCCAUUCUCCCGCUUUCCAUCACCCCGCCCCAUUCUCCUGCUUUCCAUCACCCCGCCCCAUUCUUCCGCUUCCCAUCAUCCCGCCCCAUUCCCCCGCUUUCCAUCACCCCUCCCCAUUCUCCCUCCUUCCAUCACCCCGCCCCAUUCUCUCGUUUUCCAUCACCCCGCCCCAUUCUCCCGCUUUCCAUCACCCCGCCCCAUUCUCCCGCUUUCCAUCACCCCGCCCCAUUCUCCCUCCUUCCAUCACCCCGCCCCAUUCUCCCGCUUUCUAUCACCCCGCCCCAUUCUCCCUCCUUCCAUCACCCCGCCCCAUUCUCCCUCAUUCCAUCACCCCGCUCCAUUCUCCCGCUUUCCAUCACCCCGCCCCAUUCUCCCGCUUCCCAUAACCCCACCCCAUUCACCCGCUUUCCAUCACCCCGCCACAUUCUCCCACUUUCCAUCACCCCUCCCCUUUCUCCCGCUUUCCAUCUCCCCACCCCAUUCUCCCGCUUUCCAUCACCCCGCCCCAUUCUCCCGCUUUCCAUCACCCCGCCCCAUUCUUCCGCUUCCCAUCAUCCCGCCCCAUUCCCCCGCUUUCCAUCACCCCUCCCCAUUCUCCCUCCUUCCAUCACCCCGCCCCAUUCUCUCGCUUUCCAUCACCCCGCCCCAUUCUCCCGCUUUCCAUCACCCCGCCCCAUUCUCCCGCUUUCCAUCACCCCGCCCCAUUCUCCCUCCUUCCAUCACCCCGCCCCAUUCUCCCGCUUUCUAUCACCCCGCCCCAUUCUCCCUCCUUCCAUCACCCCGCCCCAUUCUCCCUCAUUCCAUCACCCCGCUCCAUUCUCCCGCUUUCCAUCACCCCGCCCCAUUCUCCCGCUUCCCAUAACCCCACCCCAUUCUCCCGCCCGCCCCAUUCUCCCGCUUUCCAUCACCCCUCCCCUUUCUCCCGCUUUCCAUCUCCCCACCCCAUUCUCCCGCUUUCCAUCACCCCGCCCCAUUCUCCCGCUUUCCAUCACCCCGCCCCAUUCUUCCGCUUCCCAUCAUCCCGCCCCAUUCCCCCGCUUUCCAUCACCCCUCCCCAUUCUCCCUCCUUCCAUCACCCCGCCCCAUUCUCUCGCUUUCCAUCACCCCGCCCCAUUCUCCCGCUUUCCAUCACCCCGCCCCAUUCUCCCGCUUUCCAUCACCCCGCCCCAUUCUCCCUCCUUCCAUCACCCCGCCCCAUUCUCCCGCUUUCUAUCACCCCGCCCCAUUCUCCCUCCUUCCGUCACCCCGCCCCAUUCUCCCUCAUUCCAUCACCCCGCUCCAUUCUCCCGCUUUCCAUCACCCCGCCCCAUUCUCCCGCUUCCCAUAACCCCACCUCAUUCUCCCGGUUUCCAUCACCCCGCCACAUUUUCCCACUUUCCAUCACCCCGCCCCCUUCUUUCUCCUUCCAUCACCCCGCCCCAUUCUCCCUCCUUCCAUCACCCCGCCCCAUUCUCCCGCUUUGCAUCAGCCCGCCCCAUUCUCCCGCUUUCCAUCUCCCCGCCCUAUUCUCCCGCUUUCCAUCACCCCGCCCCCUUCUUCCUCCUUCCAUCACCCCGCCCCAUUCUCCCUCCUUCCUUCACCCCGCCCCAUUCUUCCGCUUUCCAUCACCCUGCCCCAUUCUCCCGCUUUCCAUCACCCCGCCCCAUUCUCCCGCUUGUCCAUCACCCCGCCCCAUUCUCCCUCCUUCCAUCACCCCGCCCCAUUCUCCCGCUUUCCAUCACCCCGCCCCAUUCUCCCGCUUUCCAUCACCCCGCCCCCUUCUCCCUCCUUCCAUCACCCCGCCCCAUUCUCCCUCCUUCCAUCACCCCGCCCCAUUCUCCCGCUUUCCAUCAGCCCGCCCCAUUCUCCCGCUUUCCAUCAGCCCGCCCCUUUCUCCCGCUUUCCAUCUCCCUGCCCCAUUCUCCCGCUUUCCAUCACCCCACCCCAUUCUCCCGCUUUCCAUCACCCCGCCCCAUUCUCCCGCUUCCCAUCAUCCCGCCCCAUUCUCCCGCUUUCCAUCACCCCGCCCCAUUCUCCCUUCUUCCAUCACCCCGCCCCAUUCUCCCACUUUCCAUCACCCCGCCCCAUUCUCCCGCUUUCCAUCACCCCGCCACUUUCUCCCUCCUUCCAUCACCCCGCCCCAUUCUCCCUCCUUCCAUCACCCCGCCCCAUUCUCCCGCUUUCCAUCAGCCCGCCCCAUUCUCCCGCUUUCCAUCACCCCGCCCCAUUCUCCCGCUUCCCAUAACCCCACCCCAUUCUCCCGCUUUCCAUCACCCCGCCACAUUUUCCCGCUUUCUAUCACCCCGCCCCAUUCUCCCUCCUUCCAUCACCCCACCCCAUUCUCCCGCUUUCCAUCACCCCGCCCCAUUCUCCCGACUUCCGUCACCCCGCCCCAUUCUCCCGCUUUCCAUCACCCCGCCCCAUUCUCCCGCUUUCCAUCACCCCGCCCCAUUCUCCCGCUUUCCAUCAUCCUGCCCCAUUCUCCCUUCUUCCAUCACCCCGCCCCAUUCUCCCACUUUCCAUCACUCCGCCCCAUUCUCCCUCCUUCCAUCACCCCGCCCCAUUCUCCCUCCUUCCAUCACCCCGCCCCAUUCUCCCUCUUUCCAUCACCCCGCCCCAUUCUCCCGCUUCCCAUAA